CGGGUGUAGUGCAGCACAUUAAGCAGACCGCUCAUCACUUUCACAUCGCACAAGAGCUUGGUUGUCACUCUAACCGCCAUCACAAAAAUCACUUGCUAUAGCCUCUCGAAGAACGAGAGAUCGUUUUCAUCGUGCGACAGUCCUGUUGAGCAAUUGCCUUGUUGGUACUACUGUCAUCUUCAAACAUCAGAUCCAUUGCAUAGGGGUUAAUAAUCACAACUGCCCGAUUUGUCCACUUCCAAAACACCAAACUCCGAUAUAGUGCGACAUGGCUGGCUGCCUUUGUCGUCCCCUCGGGGUAAGGAAAAACAGCGGAAUGGCUUACACCAAAACUCCCGCCAAAGCCCGUCCGCUGCUGUAUCCAUGCCGGAGAAGUGGGGCCGAUGCCACGAGAGAACCAAGAAUAAAUACAUGCCGCCAGCAACCAACCACCAACCUUCUAUAAUCCGGUGAUAAGGCCAAACUACCUGUGCCCGAAUGACAGCCACAGGAACAUGCUUAGUGGCGCCAGAGCUGAAUCGUCAGUAUGAACUUAUCACUGCAACCGACGGAGCAUCAUGCCCUUUUCAUGUCUUGUGUGGUGCAGCCGCACACCAAAGCCUGCUUUUAAGGCAUGAUGAAACUUAUAGAAUUGACCAACACGGCUCAAGAUAAACAUCGAGUGCUAUAUCGGAAGCCCUAUUUCCAUUCAAUGACAAGAUUCUGGCCUCUGGCGAUCUCGAUACCCCACCAAUUACCAGGGCAAGCUUGGUUCAAGCUCCCCGCAAGCUCCCCGCAAGCUGACGUGUUGGUGUAAUGCCAAGAGACCAAUAGUACGAUGCCUGUUUCUUUGCGAAUGUGAAAGCGAGCCGCAGAAGGACAGAUUGAUUAGAGACACAGACCAAACGAGGCAGAAUCAGCGGUUGGUGAAUGCAUUCGGGCAUAAACAGGACACACGACAGAAUCGACAGCAAACGCACUAACUUCAGCUAACGCCUCUUAGGCUGUGGCACAGUUCCUCUCUCUAAGCGUCAACAUCGUCAAGCCCAAGUUAAGGCCAAGCUAAGAUUUUCACUACCAAGCAUUGACUCGCCAAGCUUCAAAGUAACCACAAAUACUUGCUUGAAUGAGCGAGCGAUCGUGGAUCUAUUUAUUUUCCAAUUCUUAUGUCUACCUACGUACAAAUGGUUCCGCCAAGAAGGAAAGCUCGGCAAAUCGUCCAUUCCCGUUAGCUUAUGACGUAGUAACUCACCACCUUCCAUCGCACCUUCCUUUGGCUUGACAGCAACCUUUGAACUACCUUACCUGCCUGCCUUAAUUCUUGUCAUUCUUCUCCUUGUUCCAUAAUUUUCUUGGUCUUUUCAACUUGUCCGUGAAACUUAUCAACUAAGCUUUUUCUCCCGCAUGUCCAAGACUCUGAACAAUUCCUAGUUCCUUGCCAAUUGUAUAUCACCAAUCUGUCACUGCCUCAAAAGACUGCCCGCGACCCGCCAUGUCUGGAAGAGACGACGCGGAGGAGCACCGUCGCUAUACAGCUCCAUAUAGCGCCAGGCAUCCUAUUCCAACCAUCUCCAAAUAUCGAGAAGAGAGAGCUGCACGUCAAGAUGCCGCAGUGGGAAAAUCUGACUCGUCAGAGACUACGGGCUCAAAUGAUUAUCAAUUUCAGCAAAAGUCUAGAGAGGACGAUGGGCCACACAUAGAAUCAGUCGAGGAUGACAAGGAUGAUAGUAGUAAAAAGGACGAAAAUGAAGAGGCAGGCAAUGGGGAAGAAAUGACAGACACUUCACAAGUUGGUCCCCAAUCAUCAGAUCCAAAACAACGGAGAAAGGAAAUCAAGAAGAGCAAGAGAGAAAGAGCCGAGCGAGAAGUUACGGACCCCGUCACUCAUCUUCCUGUCACUAUACACGAUUUCACGGACGAAGCUCUCAGAGAGAUAGACACUAAUGAGCCCCCCUUUGGCACAACACAACGCACAGCGACAGGGUCAGAAAACAAGAACAAAACAGACGAGCAGCUUCGCGAUGAACAUCGAGAUAUUCAACAGAGUCACGAUGCCAUGGGUGAUUUAUUUCCACCGCCCGAUUUCGAUGCUCUGCGCCUUGAGCUUUCAUCCAUCAGCAAGCGCGGUGUCACAUUCGGGCUUGCGGGCGUGGCUAUUAUUGUGGCCGGCGCAUUUGCUAUCGAAAGGCUCGUCCGAGAGGUUAUUCUCCAGGAAGGCAAAACUAAAUCCUCAUUAUUCGUUGGCGCUUCACUCUGGUCAAUUCUGACCGCAGUCACUGCGGGAGCUAUAUGGUUUCUUGUGGUAUCAGUUCGAGAAUGGAUGUCCAAAAAAGUCAACAAUAUUUUUGAAGAUGAGGUCUGGGAUGCUCAUCGACGAGGUGUUGUAAAGGCAUCUAAGAAGAACGAUACUGAGACUACGGUCUGGCUCAACUCUCUAAUCGGUUCUGUUUGGCCUCUCAUCAACCCCGAUCUAUUUGCCAGCCUUGCAGACACCCUGGAGGAUGUUAUGCAAGCUUCGCUUCCCAGGUUGAUUCGAAUGGUCAGUGUGGAGGAUAUCGGCCAGGGAAGUGAGUCUCUGCGGAUUCUUGGAAUAAGAUGGCUGCCUACUGGAGCCGCAGCUCGGGCAGUCGAUGGAGAAGGACAGCUCAUGACCAAGAAACAAAGUGAGAAUGACACUGAGGAGAAGGACGGCGAGAAUAGUGAUAGCAGUGCCACGAUUCAGGACGGAAUGGAGGCCGAGGAGGGAGACUUUAUCAACCUUGAGGUUGCAUUUGCCUACCGCACUCAAUCUUCAUCCAAGUCUCUCAAGGAGAGAACCAAAGAUAUGCAUCUAUACCUUGCAUUUUACCUGCCUGGAAACCUCAAGAUACCUGUCUGGGUCGAUCUCCAAGGUAUGAUUGGUACCAUGCGCAUGCGCCUUCAGCUUACCCCUGAUCCUCCCUUCUUCUCUCUCUGCACGCUCACCUUCCUUGGACAGCCAAGGGUUAACCUGAGCUGCGUGCCUUUGAGUAAACAUGCUAUCAACAUUAUGGACGUGCCAUUCAUCAGCAACUUUGUUCAGUCCGCCGUUGAUGCCGCAAUGGCUGAAUACGUUGCUCCAAAAAGCCUUACCCUGGACUUGAAGGACAUGCUUGCUGGUGAUGAUUUCAAGAAGGAUACCAACGCUGUUGGCGUUCUGGUCGUCAACAUUAAGCGCGGCUACGACUUCAAGAUGGGUGAUUCAGGCAUUCCACUUAUCAAAGAAGGAAGCUCAGACGGGUACGUCUCGGUUGGCUGGGCCAAAUUUGGUAAGGUGAUGUGGACGACACGAGUACUGGAGAAUGAGAUGGAGCCUGUUUGGGAUGAAACCUGUUUUGUUCUCGUGACACCACAGGAGCUCAAUAUCGACGAGCGGCUUCGCGUUCAGCUGUGGGACUCCGAUAGGUUGACGGCGGACGACGACCUCGGGCGAAUUGAAAUUCCCAUCAAGGAGUUGAUGAGGGACGAUAAGUCUAAUGGGAAGAUGUCACAUCGAGAAGAUGGCUUCAGGGCCCUGAAAUCCGGUGAUGGUAUGCCCGGAAAGCUAGAGUGGAGCGUUGGAUACUUCUCCAAGACCAGAAUCCAGCAGUGUCAGUUUGAGAAGCAGACACAUGACCCUGAAAUCCGUACUAUGGAUCAGCUUAAGGAGAAGGUCAGACAGUCAAGUGAGCGUAAGCUUCGCGAGACUAUGUUCAAAGAAGGCAAGAAGGAGCGAGACGCCAGCGAGCUCGAGCAACAGACUGCUCAGGAGCUCAAGGCUGAGCAGGACGCCAUGAUCAUUUCUGCACCCCCGCCCGACGGCUACCCUAGUGGUCUAUUCAGCAUCCAAGUGCAUAACAUCACUGGUCUUGAGCUGGAGCGACUCAACAAGCGCAAGGCCGAAAACGACGCUGAGGCGACCGACGAAGAGGACUCGGGUGAUGGUCUGCCAAGUGCAUACUGCACUAUCAUCCUUAAUCACCGAAAGGUAUUUAAGACGAGAACAAAACCUCAAAACUCGAAACCGUUCUAUAACGCUGGCUGCGAGAGAUUCAUCCGCGACUGGCGUGAAGCAGAAGUCUUUGUCACGGUCCGUGAUGCUCGACUGAAGGAGGAUGACCCCUUACUUGGCAUCAUCCACCUGCCUCUCGGGGAAAUAUUCCGUGAACGUUCACAAGUCAUGGGGUUUUGGCCCCUGUCAGGAGGCAUUGGCUAUGGAAGAGUGCGUAUCUCAAUGGUGUUCCGAAGUGUUCAACUCCAAGCACCACGAAAUCUCCUGGGAUGGCAGUAUGGCACAAUCGAGGUUCAGCCCACUGUCACCGUGGUAGACUGUCCCAAGGAACUUCGCUCAUCGAAGCUCAAGUUCCGGACCAGUAUCAGCAGUGCAAAGAUGUAUACUGAGGAUGGUGACGAUCAAGGAACCGUGACUUGGAAAUCGAAACGAGGUAGAUCACUUGCACUGGCGGUUGCAAAGAGAUACAGCAGUUGUAUGUCAAUCGCUUUCCGGGAGAAGGGAUUCUUUGGAGAUGGUACAGCUGCAUUUGCUGUCCUUUGGCUUAAAGAAAUUGCCGACGAAGAAGAAACGGAGUUGGAACUACCCAUUUGGAAAGGCGAUUUCCAGCGUGCUACAGCUUGCUGUUUAGAGGAGUGCGGCGAACGCUUGGGCACUAUUAAACUCAAGCUCACAUUCUGGUCCGGCUUGGGAAGUGCCCAUUCUCGAUGGGCGAGUCGAGAUGAACAUCUUCAAAAUGUUGUUGAAGUGAUCGAAACCGCUCGGGAUAAUCUUGAAGUCGGCCACCAGGAGAGAGAAGCUGGUAUUGUCGAGUCUGAUGAUUCUGGUGAUGAGGGCUCCGGCCAGCGUGUCCGCCGGGCAGGCUCUAUAGGCAGCAACUCGGACUCCAGUUCCAGCUCCUCAGAUACAGAAGACCAAGACGGUCAGGUUUCUAGUGUCCCGGAUGGAAGCGCAGAUCACAAACAGGGUCCUAUAGACCAGCUUAGGGACUAUCGCCGUCGAGACAAACGCCUGCAUCGCCAACACAGGGGUCUCAUGCAAUGGAAGGUAAGCUCCUGAUACCCUUCUAUAAGUCGCGCGUGGCUUUCAAAUUUGUUUCUAUUUUCUACCCUCCCGCUUUUGGAGGGGGCGUGCCAUAAGACUGAAACUAACAGAUGGGCCUAGAUCCCGCGAACGGCCAAGUGGAUCAAGAAUAAGAUGUAUCGAGUUGGGGACAAAGCCUCUGGUGUCUUUGAGCACUCGUCUAAGCAGCCGGGAAUCGAGACCGAGGUCUAGGUCAAGCCACGAUCUUAGAGCGAGAUGCCCAAGGAUCGUAUCACGUAUCAGGCAUCAAUCAAUUGUAUGCGUUGUCAAUUUCGUGCAUGAAUUUUAAGGCUCUCACGAUAACCAUUGAAGAGUAAUCUCUUUGGCAUUAUUAAAAGUUUGAAUAUAACAAGCGAGGAGCAAUUGUAUGGGCCACUUGGACUAAAUAUGUAUCUUAGUCCAGCUUCAAAUCAUUGAAAUAGUAAAUAUUAAAGGGUCAAAAAAGGUAUCAUCGAUCCAUCCCAUCAUUCAUCCAUGUUCCUGCUGUUUCGUACAUAACAAAAAAACUUAAUCCUUUC